AUUUACAGCAAAAGUGAAAAGAAAAAAAUUACCAAGGCAAGGCAGCUGUUUCACAAAUAGGAUUUGUGGCUGUCAUUCUUGCAGUAACUCCUCUGCUGAAGAAGUUAUGCUGCGGGAUGAGCUGUCCCAAAUCAUAGCCUAAAAAGUUAAAGGCUGAAUUAACAUAGUACAUCCAGGCUUCAAAAAAAAAGAAAUCAGUAGAAUGUAUUUUCACAGGUUUUACCAGCAAAAGCUAACACGAUUUUGUGGGGCAUAUGUGAGAAAGCCCUCUUUUUGAACCUAUCUGUAAGUGACCUGCCUGAUGUUGCACAAGAAACCUCGUAUAGAAUAACAGAUUAAGCCCAGGAUUUUCUGACUCCAACUUGGUCUGCCGAACACCAUUCCAUCUUGCUGCUCUGUGCACAUCCAGAUAUUGAAAAAAAAAUAUUCCCAAAACGCUUUCCAUAGGAAAAUGGAAACAGGGCAUUUGUGGGAGCUAUUGUAUUUUAUGAAAUUAGCAAUUAUGCCACUCAGUCCCUCCACAUUAUUGCUUUUCUGAGUGACUCUACCUUGUGUGUGUUCCCAGCAAGAAAGAUGCUGGUGCUCAACUGUUCCACGAAGCUGCAGAUGCUGGAGAAAAUGCUAAGGUGGAGUUUCCCUGAGUCCCUCAAGGUUUAUGGAGCUGUGAUGACCAUCAACCGAGGGAACCCCUUCAGGAAGGAGGUGGUGGUGGACUCAUGGCCAGAUUUCAAAGCUGUUAUCACCAGGCCGCAGAGGGAGAAUGAGAUGGAUGACCUUGACCAUUAUACCAAUGCUUAUGCAGUUUUCUACAAGGAGCUACAGGCUUACCAGGAGCUACUGGAAAACCCAAAUGCAGUCAACUGGGGACAAAUUUUUCAGAUACAAGGGCUCCAGGAUGGAAUAUGUGAAAUAUCCAAAACUGUGGCUUUAUCUAAGCAGGUAGAUGUGAAAAUAUCCUCUUUCCAGAUGGUUAUCCACUCAGACCCGGAAACGCUGCCAGAUGUCAGACCUCAGAUGGACCCUAACUUAACGUUGGCUUGCCUGGACAUCUCCCAUGCCAGUCUGCUCAGCAAAACCUGGUCACGGGGAGACAACCCAAGGUGCCAAAAGUACCUUGCUAACCUCAUUUGCUGCUUCCCCAGUGUCUGUGUCUUGGAUGACAAUGGGUACCCCCUCUCCUGGAGCCUGACGGACCAGUUUGCCACCAUGAUUCAUGGUUAUACUCUUCCAGAGCAUCGGAGGAAGGGCUACAGCAGGCUUGUGGCUACCACUUUAGCUAAGAAAUUACAUAGCUGUGGCUUUCCAGCACAGGGUAAUGUCCUGGAGACAAAUAUACCAUCAAUAACAUUGUUGAAAAGCAUGAAUGCCCAAUUUCUCCCCUGCCCAUUUUUCAGAGUGAUUCAUACACCUUUUCAGCCAAAUCUUACUUGUAGCCAAACCUCACAAACCUCUACAUUCAGAUCAACUUUUGUGCACUGUGGGAGCACUUUGAUGGAAUUUAAUCAUUUAGGUGAGAUCAGAAAUCAUAGAGUUUCCUGCAUAAGCCUAAAAUUGAAGCGAUUAACACUCAUGACUUCUCUGCUCAGGCAAAAUGGCUCAUGGCAAAUCCAAAAGACUUAGGAAUGGUUAUAAGUUUAAUAGUUUUGUUGUAAUUCAACUGUAAUCAUACUGCUUCUGACUGAAGAAUUAUUCCUUCUGUAUAACCAUUUCCUGGGAUAUAUACAGCAGAAUCCUUGGACAUCUCUAACCCCAUCUUUCUGUCCUGGUAUAAGUUCUCAACUCUCUCCUUUCCCUAACAUGGCCUAAAAAAAUUAGUACAUGAAAUUAAGAAGCAGAGAAACUUGCAAGGAGCAAUCUGAAAUAAAGAAAUCUUUAUAAAGAAGUCUUUUAAGUCUGAUACAAACAAGUUCUAUCUACUGUGUGUCUCCUGUAUGCUCAAGACAAAUCUAUCUAUCUAUCUUCCACUCGUGGUAGAGCUAAACGUCCAAAGGCUGGAUAAAAAGUCUUGUAGAUUCUAACUUCAGCACAUAGGUGUUUUAUCACAAGUCAGGACAGCUUGCUAGAAGUCAUUUCUAUCAAUUCUAUCAGUAAAUAACUCCAAAUGCUUUUCAAAUGCUCCUUCCAGGAGUGGAAGUAAGUCUCGCUAUUUUCACACCAGCCUAAAAGCUCACUUAAAAUUUGGCAGAGGCUGUGAUACCUAUAUUGUCCCUCAGUCGAGUGUCCAAAUAUAGACAUGUAUUGGGAGCAAAACCGAGGAUGCUAUCACUGAAGGCCAUGGGAGGGCAGAUGGAAGUCAUGUAUAUGCCAAAGCUGAUAAGACUUUUGCACAGGAACCUGCUAGGGGGAUAAUGACAUAACUAAGGUUGUUCCUUGAGCAGCACAACUAUCAAAGACAGGUUGCCUAUGAUAUAAAAUACAACAGAGCCUCUAUUCACUUGGCUGAAGGCAAGUAGUGCCCUUCCUGAUCAGAAGGCAACAAAUCUCUGUAUGUCACAUUUGUUAACCCUGUGCAGGUAUCUCCAGUGCUGCAUGGUGUCUGAAAUGACGCUAAAGGCAGGGUUCAGUCACUGCUGAACAAACCUAAGUCUAUUCAGGUUGAGUCAAAUUGUUGUCUAGGCUCCACUGUCUGUAUUCAGAAGAAUAAUGAAUAACGACAAAGAAUAAUGACCACUGACUAAUGACAGUGUAGAUUAAACCUCUACUUACUUGCCUAGGCAUGGGUGUCUAGUCCAACUUUAGGCAUCUUAGAAUAUUUGAUAUACCUUUCUGACAUUCAGAGGCCCAGUGGGAGACCAACACUCUUCUGGGCUACUCAUUGAGCAUCAGCUGUCAUAAAGCAUCUCAAAGAUGCUCAAAAUACUCAAGAGCUAGCCAACUGAAUUAUGUCACUGGGGCACAUACAGACACUUGCAGUCGGACACCGAAAUUUGUGUGCCUGAAUUUGUAGCUGAAUCCUGCCAAUUGCACAUGCUUUUAACUACCAGCAUGUGUCUUGAGGUACCACCAACACGCAGCAUAGGAAGAGCAGCUCUGAAAUUUUUUCUUGCUGGAGGUCAUCAACUUCUGCUGAUCGAGGCAGUUGAUUCCAGAGGAUGUUCAUAACUUUUAGUAUUUCUGUUGGAUCCUGGAACUGUAUAAAUUACUAGUCUGAACCACCUCUUUCAGCACCUUGCAGAAGAUUGUUUAAAAUGGGAGGACUUUUGUUUUACAGGGCACCUGGUCCAGUACACUGACUCUCUUUUAUAUUUUAAGAAUCACUAGACUUUGUUAUUUAGUCAGUAUUUCUUAGCUUUCUGUGUUACAGCAUGUCUAUUUACAAAUAUAUCCCCAGAGAAAAGUGAAGCGGUAAUGCAGUGGUGAUUGUCUAGAGAUAAUUUGCUGUAUGAGCAACUUGUCACUGUCGUGGCGAUUGCUUCUACAACACCACACCAGUGCCUUCUGCUCAUGGCAAAACAGAACAAUAAGCAUCACACCAUGCAAGCUCAUCUAAAGACUCUGCAUCUCAGCCUGAGAUGUCUGCCAAAAUCAGAUCUCUGCUGGGAAGCAGAACAGUGGGAAGCUUAUUAUACCAUCCUGGAAUUUAACUUUGACCCGGAGAGGUACUGUACUUUCUGUUACACCCACGUAUGUACAAAUCUGUAUUUGGAUCCACCUGGAUUAAAAAUCAGAUUGGAUAAAACCCCGCACAGUCUGUUCUGACUUCAUGAUCUGACUCUGCUUUGAUGUCCUGCAGUCCCUUCCAGCCUGAAUUAGCCUGCGGUCCCCUGAGCCUGUGAACUUGUUGGCAUUCUCAUUUGGCACUGCAGUUUCACACCCGGGAUUUGAAUGGAUGUGACUGGAAGCAGGAUGUGACAGCGAAGGGGAUGGAUGCCUGUGGAUGCUGCUUUCUGGUGAGUUUACUAUAAGGAUGUUGAUGGGAAGAACUUAAAGUUCUCAUGGAAGUGGAUUUAUCUUCUUCGCUUACUCCUAGAAGUAUUGCCAGUUAAUGGAAUGUGAAGAGAAGAUGGCUUUUCCUUCAUCAAAGAAAAAGUAACAUACCGGGGUCUAUGGACUCAGUACUGGAGCAGGCUGUGGCCACAGUCUAGACAUUCUGAUGCCUUUGCAAUGGAUUUUCACAGAGGCAUAGAUGAUCUUUGUGCCUUUCCAUAACUUUUCUUUUCUGGUCACGGUUUGUAUAUUAGUCCUAAAAUGAUAAGAGUUCUUCAUAACUGGGAUGAUCCCUGCUAAUUGCCAAAAAUAUUUUUGAGAUAAAUCAAAGAUUAUAUGGUAGUGUGAUAAAAGGGCACCUACAGUAAAGAGAAUGAAUCAUGUAGUAUUUGGAGUUUACCUCCUAUUGCACUUCUAGGUGGAGUUUGGUUUAUUAUAUGUCAUUCUGCAUCAGGGUUGAAGUUUAGAUAGAAAGGACCAUCAUAAAUGCUCAUUGACUGCAUGGUGGGACAGUAGGAAGAAAAAUAAGGUUUACACAAGCAAUAUCUGGGAGGGCUGCUCCUGAUCUGUGAUAAGCAGGUUUCCAAUGACAUGUAAAGGCUUUGGUCUCUUCAGUGUCUAUUCCAGAAACUUUUUAUAUUUCAUAAUCAAUGGAAAAGUCAGGACAAGCAAUAUGCACAUAGUAAAGAGGUGACCUUCAUCAGGCAUGGGGAGGGAAGAGUCCCCUACACACCCUGUAGUGAUUAUUCAGUAAACAACGAUGCUCUUCGCACCAGCACUCGGCCAACGAGCCCUGACAUGUCUGGGUGGCACCCUGAGGAUGCCUGAACCAAGGGUACCACUCAACUCCCAUGCUACCUACAGGGAGAAAGCAGACACGGAGGCUUGAAGCAGUAUCAACCUAGGGCUAUUUCGACUUUCAGUCAAUUUUAACUUUCUCUUACUAUUGCCAGGAGGUGGGAGCUUUCAGACCGCUCAAAUUUGCAGACAGUGUUUAUGCAAUGUUUAAUAGCAAAUCAGAAGGUUCAUUACAAAAGCACCAGCUGUUUGCCACGAGUGCAUGCUUUAUUUAUUGAGGUUAUCCAUUUACAGAAUGUUCAGGAAAAAUCUUAAUGACCCUCUGGACUCAGGUCAACUUGGCUUAAGGUUUUCCUCAGAAGUGAUCUGCUAUAACAAGUACACAGAAGUUAUUUCUUUGCACAUGGUAAGCUGUGUCAGAUGUAUCUGACACAGAUGUAUUUGUGAAAUAAAUUUCCAGGGCUUUUUGAUUUGCUUGUAGCAUUGUUGGCCUUUCAUCAUUGGAAGAAGGUCAACAGAAAAUAUCAGGGAAAUGAGAGAAAUACUUACAAAAGAUUAAAUUGCCCCUUUACAGCUGUCAGUGUCAUGUGGUGGAGGGAAAGUUGCUGUUUCUUCUCAGAGUGAGAAGCAGUCAGUCAGCUGGUCUGUCAGACAGGAGUGUGCCCAAACUGUCCAUGGAAACUGGGCAGACCAACAAGACUAAGUACUUUUCUAAGUAUAACUGUGGGCCUUUUUGGUGAACAUCAGAUGUGAAUGAAUGUCCUGUUUCUAGUACAACUGGGUUCUGCCUUGUCCUACCAUGUGUGGGUCUUGCCUGUAGAAGUUCCAGCCUCCAUAACGGCGUUCAUCCUGGUGAUCUCACAAACUUAAGCAACUGUGCAAUAACUCAUGAACAAUCUGACAUUGCCAUUUUUCUGAUGAUGUCCACCUUCUUCUAAGUUAGUAGAGACCUAGAAAUGGAGGUUUGGCCUCUCCAGGGCUGAUGGAAACUGGCAAGAAGUCAAGACUAGGGGCCUGCUGUGCUCAUGAAAAAAUAAUUUAUUUUCAUCAUUUUGUUUCCAACGUUCCAAGUGAAAAAACAGUGUUUAAACUGAGUGGCUUUGUUCUGAAAUGUUAGAGCUGGGAAAAGACUGAAAACCCUAUUGUACUGGGUCUGGCCAAGCCCCAUAGCAGCCCUCACAGUGCUGUGCUUGUAUUGGGGGCUGGAAAGGUGGGGAUAUCACACCAGUGGUUUGACUGCUGCUGCGCAGUGCUCCCACAGCACCAAGGCUGUCUCGCCAACCUUCCCCCCACACCACCACCACCACCAACAGGCUGGGGGUGGGCAAAAUCUUGGGAGGGGACUUAGCCAGGACAGCUGACCCAAAAUGACCAAAGGGAUAUUCCAUACCAUAUGAUGUCUGUUCAGAUAUAAAAGCUAAGAGAAAGGAGGAGGAAUGGGGGGGCAUUUGUUAUUUGCUGUGUUUGUCUUCUGGAGCAAGUGCUACAAGCAGAGCAGCCCUGCUUCCCAGGAAGUGCCUGAACAUCACCUGCUGAUGGGAAGUACAGAAUAACAUCUUUUGUUUUCCUUCACUUUAACAAGUGCAACUUCUGCUAUUGCUUCAAUAACCUGUUUUUAUCUUGACCCACAAGUGCUUUUUUUAUCUUAUUUUCUCCUCCACAUUUCUAAUGAGGAGGGGAGUGCUAGAGCAUCUUGGUGGGCACCUGGCAUCCAGCCAAGGUCAACCCAGAACAUCCAUUCUGAUCUGAUUCUAUCUCUGAGGAUAAAUAUGUGGAAAAGCCUCAGAUGGUAGGUUAGUUUAGGUCAUGUGAAUCAAUAUGUAUGCAGAUGUUUAAGUAAGAUUAGCUGAUUUGUACAUACAGAAACACUCAGGAAAAGACAGUGCGAUUGUAUCACCUCCCACCUCUUCAUGCAAUGUGAUCAUGCUUUUAAUUAUCACUUUCUUUCUAUGGCUUCAUAAUCUUUACUUAUAAAUAAAUGUGGUUUGUUUCAAGGUUAAUAGGAGCAAGAAAUGGAAACAUCUGAUUUGUUUUGAGUACUUUAAUGAUAUCAGAAAGAACAGCUUCAGCAAAUGAAACAUCAUCAUCAACUUUAGUAUCUUUUCUACAGUGAUUGCCUUUUUCAAACCUUGUCUUCAGUGGAACACCCCUAUAGUUUCAUAAGUGUUUUUAAUGUUUAAAAUUCAGGGGCAGAGAAUUAAUUAUUUUUAUUAUUAUUAUUAUUAUUAUUCCUGGUAAGGCUAAAUAAAUUGUAAUUUUCACAGAUAUUUUCCAACUGAUAAGUCACCUUCUCCAAGUGCAAACAGCUCAGAAGACAGACACAUAUAAAGCUGCAAGGGAAAUGUCCUGCAAGUUACUUUAGCUUUUCUCAUGGGAGCCCUCGGUUGAAUAACAAGAGAGGCUGUGAGGAUCUGGAGUACUACAACUUCCAGCGCAGCUCUGAUUUUUUUUAAAGUUGUUCCCUCUGAGAUGCAAAAUUAUGAGGAUAUGUAGUAGCACAGUUGGCACUUCAGAGAAGAUAACAACAUGAGGAUACAGAGCUCAAUAAGCACCAUGAAGAUAUGCAGCAAAAUUCUAAUAUUGUAUCUAGCAAGGUUUAACCAUCCUUUGGCAUUGCUGUUAUGGUCUGUCCUCUACUGGAAGUGGACAAAACUGUAUUAUUUAAAAUAGCCAGGCUGAAGGACUGAUUUAGAGACAUCUAUAAAUUUUUGCGAAAAGUGAAAAAAAAUAGGCUUCUGUCACCAUUACACCUGUACCAUCCUCCGUGGUCACAGGAGUGUGUGGAUUUAUGUAUUAGCAAAAAAAAGACUAUCAAGUCUUAGACCAGAUCGUAAAAAAAACCUACUAAAAGUCUAGCGCAUCUUACUGUGUUCAGACCUGAAAUGGAUGCUCCAGGGGAAUGAAAGAACAUGAACUUCUGCAGGACCCUUGUAAAGAACAGAAAAAGCUCCAUGUUGGGAAGGUUUUCACCUGCACCUGCUCUGUUACCUGGAUUGGAAAGUAGGAGGACACGAAUUUUAAGUCUUUGCCUCUGGAAGUUUGAAACUUUCUUUUCAUCCAACCCCUUUGUGAAUCUAGAAACUAAAAUAAACAUAUCUAAAUGAGAAGCUUACUACUUCUUUGUAAAAAAAUUCCUUAAAAUUAAAAGGAAAGUGUUACAUCAGAAGAAUUCAAGAGGAGGGCAAAUUUGUCCCUGAACAUAAAAACCACUCACACAAUUUUUGGAUUCUCAUAUUAAUUUCACUUUUGAGUCUUUAAUCAUUACUUUAUAUGUAGCAGUCUGCAUUUGAACACUCACAGAUGUUUGAAAUAUCUACAUUAUCUGAAAUAUGCAAUGGGGCUUAUGUGGCACCGGACCUGUCCCCCCAGCCUGGCAGCUGAAGCCUAAGUAAAAGAUCUGAAGGUAUCUAAAAUGGUGCUAGAGGCUUGCGGUUAAAGCAGUUGAAUUGUGCUCUGUGUAUCAAUUCUAAAGUGGAUUGAAUUUCCCCACGAUUAUUUAAUUGUUUACAGCCUAAUAAUUGGAAUCUGGUUUGCCUAUGCAGACAAAGGCAUAUGGAGAAGUGUUGCUAUGAAACACCCCAAACCAAGGGAAUGAGAUUGAAUGAAAGGGAAUGUUUAGAGGAGUGCCUCCUUUGAGAAGAAGGAAGAAGUGUCUUGCUUCAGCACCUGCUCUCAGGAGAAAUGGCAGGAUGGGGAACAUUGUCCUUCUAGUGCCAAGUAAAAUAGCCAACCUAAGAAAAGCCGAGCAUUAAGGCAUACCACAGAGAGUCAGCACUGAUUACUGCCCAGGCAGAGGAAGAGACUGAACGCUCCUGAAGAGGGAAACUGUUAGGGAGAAGAGCCAAGGGGAGAAGCUGCAAUGAGGUAUUGGGGAACAUUGGUCUAUGUGGCCCAGCUUCAAACCCAUCUGUGUGCCAAGACCAUGCAGCCCUUCUGUUCUGAAAACCUGAAGCUCUGAACAACCCAUGUCCACCAGAGAGUGAUAAGCUCUGCAGUGCUGAUCUUUAAGCAGGACAGUGCAAACUAGGCACAGCUUCAUGGUCCAUAUGUCUCUUUGGAUAAACCGGGACUUGGGAGUGUUGCUGGGGGAUAUGUUUCCAACAAACACACAUUAGCAAGUGAAAAUCCGAGUAACAAUGUGGAAGCUGAGGGUCUGUAUUAUUUAGCCCAGAUUAGGUGAUCUAAUGGGUUAAUCCAUGAGCCAUCAAUUAGUCCACACUUCAGGUCCACC